CCCUGUUCUGUUUUGAACCUCUUUUUUUCCCUGUUCCUUCUCUGUCUUUCUGUCUUGCCUUCCCUUCCCUUAUCCUAACUUUACCUCCCUCCUUCAGCCUCCCGUCUUCUCCUGUACGCUCAUUCACAAAUGCAAACAAGUGCAGGUCCCCAGGCGGCUGGUCCUGCGUCACAGAGAGCGCUGGCUGAGCCUCUUCUGCAUGCAGUUUAGCCAGCUCAGCUCUACAGCGUGCAGACGGAGGAGGAGAGGAGAGGAGAGGCGGGGGCUUCAAAAUCAUCAGGUGUGUGCAGGGUGAACGAUCGCCUGGAUAUUUCACUGAAGAUAAGAGGGCUACGGAUCUGUUAACCUGGCAUACCACGGCUGGACAGUUAACUGUGAAGGCAUCAAUGUCUUUCCAGCCUUAUCAUGCAUCGUUGUUAACAAAGUCAGGUUUUUCUCUUCAGAGUCAUUGCUUUUUCUGCCGAUCAAGCUGUGACAGGAAUCUACAUGAUUUGGGUUUUCUUCCAGGGUCCAGCCAGGUAGCUAUGAUGGUUGGAAAGCCAGUCAGGCAGUGGAGGUCCAUCUGUAAGGGACUGGUCCUGGGUGCGCUUCUGACCACCUGCAUGAUUCUUUUGUACUGCCUGUCGACCCCAGAGGUCCAGUUUGGCCUGCAAGAGGUCCCAGUGCCGUACUCGUGCGCUCAUCGUCCUUCCGCCGCCCACUCCUCAACAAUCUCUAACAGCUCCCAUCACGCCUCUGGCCGGCGAACCUGCACUCCAAAAGUGGACAUCAUGUUCAUGAAAACCCAUAAAACAGCCAGCAGCACUUUCCUCAACAUUCUCUUUCGCUUUGGGGAAAAACACCACCUCAAAUUUGCCUUCCCCAACAGCCGCAAUGACUUCUUUUACCCGUCGUCCUUCCAUCGCUCGCAAGUGAAGGACUACAGGCCGGGAAUGUGUUUCAACAUCAUCUGUAAUCACAUGCGUUUCAAUGCUGCUGAGGUGGCCAGAGUGCUUCCCGCUGACACCUCGUACAUCACAAUCCUCCGGGACCCGGCCGAUCUCGCCGAGUCCUCGUUCCACUAUUUUGGACGCGUCGUACCACUCACUUGGAAGCUUUCUGGAGAUGACAAGCUGAGAGAAUUCCUGAAGGAUCCAAAGCUCUACUACGACUCAGAGGGAUUCAAUUCGUUCUAUCUCAAAAACUUGCUUUUUUUUGACUUCGGACAGGAUAAUAACUUACAUUCAGACGACCCAAAAGUGGACGAGGCCAUUCGCGCGAUCGCCAAGCGUUUCCAUUUGGUAAUGCUUGUGGAGUAUUUCGAAGAGUCGCUCAUCCUGCUCAAGGACGCCCUCUGCUGGGACAUGGAGGACUUGCUUUUCUUCAAACUCAAUGCCCGGAAAGGUUCGACCGUUUCUAAGCUGACUCCAGAGCUCAGGGCCAAAGCGCUGGAGUGGAACGCCAUCGAUUGGAAGCUUUACCAGUAUUUCAACGCCACCUUCUGGCGUAAAGUGGACGCUUACGGCCAUGAGCGCAUGGCGAGGGAUGUGGCAGAGCUGCAGCGCAGAAAUGCGGAAAUGGCCUCCAUUUGCAUUGAAGGAGGCCACGCCGUCGAUGCAGGAAGCAUCUUGGAGACGUCCAUGCAGCCGUGGCAACCCAUCGGCGAGAAGUCGAUUAUGGGAUACAAUCUGAAGAAGAAUGUCGACAAAGCGCAUCAAAAGCUGUGCAGGAAGAUGCUCACGCCAGAGCUGCAGUAUCUCACCGAUAUGGGAGUCAACCUGUGGAUAACAAGACUGUGGGGUCGCAUAAGAGAGAUUCUUCACUGGUAGCUCAGAUUAAAUGUUUUGCUUAGGUGAAAGGUCAGCACUGAUUUUAUGAGAGAUUUGUUUUCGCCACAUAAUAAAAGAUUCGAAUGCCAUUGUGUCUUUUAUCUCACAAUUCCAAUUAUUUUUAGUUUAUGUGUCGCAAUUCAGAAACUUUUUGUAUGGAUUUUUCCUUCCAUAGUUCAGACUAUUUCUCUGACUAGCAACACAACAAAGACAUCUCAUAUUUACGACAAAAAAAAAAAAAAAGAUAUCAAUAUAUAUAUAUUAAUGUAUCGCUGUUGUUUUUAACAGGAUUAUUUCUACCUGUUAAAUAAAUAUAAAUAAAAGAGGUAAUUUUGACUUUUUUACAAAGUCGUUGCAAAGUUACAAAAUCGUUUUUUUUCUCACAUUUUUUUUUCUCACAAGGUUAUCUCAUAAACCACAGUUUAUAUCUCGCAAUCAUGUAAAAAAAAGAGUCUGAAUUGCAAGAUACAAACUCUAAAUUGGGAGAUAUAAACUCACAAAUAUGAGUCUGAAUAGUGGAAGAAAAUUGUGAAAUAAAAACUUGCAAUUCAGAAAUAAUACAAGAAAAAAAAGACAGAUUUGUUUUUUGUAAUUAUGUUUUUUAUUCUGUGGCAGAAAUAAGUUUCCAUAGACUUGUAUACAACUGACCUAAAACCUGUUUUUCUGUGUCAGAAAGAAAUAAAAACAUUAAAAGAAAUGACUGAAUAAAACAUUUUCAUAUUUAAAUGAAUCUUACCCAAAUAAGUGGUGACAGUCACAUCUUUAACAUGUUAGUUUUGUGUUCAGAAAUGUACUGUAAGUCACCGCUAUGUAUUACAAGUACGUAGUGUGUGAGUGCUUAAAUCAAUCAUCAAAAUGAAUCAACUACUGUUGAAUGACCUCAUUCUUUGAAGCUCUUAUUGUUGGUGCCAAUGGCAAUAACAGUAAUUUCCUAAACUGGUUUAGACUCGUUCAGAACCUGAGCUUUACUGUUAUCAUCGCAUGAAUGAUACAGUAAAAAAUAACUUGAAUGUCGUGUUGAGAGGUGCUUUUAAGCAUAAAUGUGAUGAAGUGUUGGGCUUCCUAUGGAAGAGGCCACUGAGCAGCAAUGAAAUGCAUGAAAGAUGACAAAAUAAAAAC